AUGGGAGGAGGCUCCCAGCCUUUGUUGUUAUAGAAUAGGCUUAACCACGGUCAGCGUUUCCUUCCCACCGGCUAAAGUGUCUUCUGUCCUAUUUUCACCGGAGCAGAGACAGCGAGGCAGAAGACUGCAACCUGUGUGUUCGAGCGGUCAAGGAAGAAGAAGUGGGGAGAGAGGAACAACAGAAGCCACCCGCGAACAUGUAAGAUCACAGCUCUGCAUCAGCUGGAGGAGUGUUGUUUUUCUGGAACAUUUACAGACAAGAGGACUUGCUUAAUCUGACGGCCGAUUCCUGUUGCACAAACAAGAGAAACCACUCUUUCUGAGAAAAGGGAGCAUCAAGGUGAACCCAUAAUGCACAGCCUGAGUGUUGGAGCAGGAUGUGAGGCUCAAUGCGGAGAUAAAGCCAACAAUGAUCUGCUGCACAAACCAGAGUAUGUGGCUUCAGCAGGGACCUCCACCCCUCCUACAAAGUCUUUGAUAAACUGGGGGAGCAUCAGACCCAGUGUCACCCUGUGACCAUAAAUGUAACUGAGGUCAGACUCCCUCAUUCGUGCUGUAAUGAAGACUCACAGCCUCCUGUCCCUCACUGUGACCUUGCUGGGUUUUCUGAGCCAGUGUCUGACAAGGCUCACUCCCAGAGUCUCCUUCCCUAUGGGAAGUCCUGGGAGACAUCUCACCCGCUUCAAUAGCCAUGAUGUCAGCAACACCACCACAUUGCUGCUCAGUGAGGGUGGAGACAUGCUGUAUGUAGGAGCCCGAGAUGCGUUGUUAGCACUGGAUGUAAGCCACAAGGACGCCAUCAUACUGAAGACCAAGCGGGACUGGAGCCCUUCAGACAAAGAUGUUGAGCAAUGUUCCAUGAAAGGCAAGAAAAUGGCUGAUUGUCCUAAUUUCAUCCGUGUACUGCAGUACUUAAACGCCUCCCAUAUCUAUGCCUGUGGAACAUUUGCCUUCAGCCCACGCUGCACCUAUGUUGACUCAGAGACGUUAUCGAUGAGUAUCAACCCUGAUGAAGGAAGAGGUCGUUGUCCCUAUGACCCCUACCAACGCAACACUGCUAUCAUCGUAGAUGGAGAGCUGUAUACUGGGACAGUGGCAGACUAUAGGGGGAACCGACCAGUUAUCUCCCGGCAUCUCAGUGAGGGCAGGCGUGUUGACCUGAAGUUGGAUGACACAUUAGGAUGGCUGGAGGAUCCAACCUUCAUCAGCUCCAGUUUCAUUCCUGAUGAGGAGAAGAUCUACUUCUUCUUCAGUGAAGUGGGCAGAGAGUAUGACUUCAUCAACAAAUUUAUUGUCUCUCGUGUUUCUCAGAUCUGCAUGGGAGAAAAUAUUGGAAAGACAUCUCAAUAUCUGAGUGACAUCGGCGGCCAGAGGACCCUGCAGCGACGCUGGACAACAUUUGCAAAGGCUCAGCUGUUGUGCCAGGCUGACAAUGAGCUACCCUACAAUGUGAUCCAGGAUAUUGACACCCUCCCACCAGCAAAGGGAGCUUCUGCAGAUGACACUCUGUUUUAUGGCAUCUUCACCUCACAGUGGUCUGUCAAUUCUGGACAAUCAGCAGUGUGUUCAUUCCGUCUGAGUGACAUCAAAUCAGUUUUCUCUGGUAACUACAAAGUCCUGAACCGAGACACGUUACAGUGGAGCACACGUGUUCAAGAGAAGGUCGCAAAUCCAGGAGAGUGUGGACUGCACAAUGCAUCAGACAACGCCCUGCGCUUUGUCAAAGAAAAUUUCCUGACAGACGACAGUGUUCGGCCAGUUGGAAGAAGUCUGACCAUGGUGUCUGCUGAGCAUAAGUACAGCCACCUGACUGUCCAGAGAAUCCAGGCUGCCAACAGCAGAGACUACACUGUCCUGUUUCUGCUUACAGAAUCUGGUUAUCUACACAAAGCAGUGCUGCUGCCAAGUGGGGCCCAUAUCAUUGAGGAGGUCAAGGUCUUUGCACAAACUCAACCUAUCAAGAGCCUGAAGCUAUCCAUACCCAAGGGUGUGAUAUACGUUGGUACAUCAGAGGGUGUGGUGAGGGUUCCAACGGCAAACUGUUCCUUUUACUGGACAUGUGCUCAGUGUGUGCUGGCCCGAGACCCCUUCUGUGGUUGGGACAAUGCCAACAGGGCCUGCGUGGAGGCAUCUAUCUCCCAGACCAGUUUAUGCCAGGAUGUAGACAGAGGGAAUGUUGAGGAGGCAUGCAAAAGUGUAACAUUACCACAUCGAGCCAGAUUCGGACCAACCAAACUGUCUGCAGCAUCAUGUCCUACAGGUGAGCUGGUGUCUGUAACUCUAAAUGAAGUGGUGAGACUGAAGUGUCCCGCAGCAUCACAGCUGUCCCAGCAGAUGUGGGAGCGUCCUAACAGCCGGCUAUCCACCGACCUGUACCUGCAACUGGGGGACGGGAGUCUAAGCUUUGUGGCCACCCCUGCCACGCUGGGCCACUACCUAUGUCUGUCCACUGAGAAUGGCUACCAGCAGACUAUGGCCAUCUAUCAUGUAAAACAGAAGAGCAGCCCAAUGGCUCAUACUUCAACCAGUUCCACCCGGUCUCAGACACAACCCAUAACCACCAUGCAGACUGUGUCUAGAGGUGGACUUGGAUUGCACACCUCUGGGACUCAAAGAACGGAAAUAAGAAAUGGAGAGAUUGAGCCAACACGGUCAAGCAGGGAAACUCAGGUCAUCACUAGGCAGCAGGGCAGGAACCUGACAAUGUGGACACAUCAAUCUGGGCAGAAGGAGGUUGGCUUUCAGGAUGGGGAGCCUUUGCAGUUGGUUCCUGGCCCCUGCUAUCUAAAGGAGCUGGUGGCUGUAUCAAUUCUGCUGGUACUCUCCAUCAGUUUACUGAUCACCAUGCUUUUGUAUGUCAUCAGACAGCGGUGCCACAGCCGAACAGCCCCGCAUGCAGGGACUCCAACCAGAGACUCAGACAGAAGGACCCCUGUGGAGCAGGAGGCCCUCGGGGGGAACCAGUCUCUGAGUAAACGCAAUGGACAAAGCCUGAACAGUGGACAAGCCAGUGGUUCAGGCUGUAAAGGAGCACUCACAGGCUCUAAUGGACAUUUGCCCAACACACCCAUCUGAACAGUUCCUGAAAUUGUAGCUAUUACAGAUAAGACCGGAUGAGAGUGGGGUAGGAGGUGAGGUGGGUGGUAAUUCCAUUGGUACAUAACUGCAGGCAUAUACUUCUUCUUGUGAAAAACAGGCUGUGAUGUUCUGGAUUUUUCACUUACUAGAAGGUGAAAACUGAUCCAGUACAAUUUGUUCCUUCUGGGUUUUUACAGUUCAGUCAGUCUUUGAUCUAGGGCAGCAUAAUAUAAGGAAAACAUGCGAUAACUGACUAUUGCAAUGAUGAUAUGACUUAAUAAUAAUAAUCAAAUGCUUGAGUAUACGUGGUUAAAGUUAUUCUGCUUCAGUUUCCCUGCGUAAAUAGAUCCCAUACAGUGAGUAGCAUAUGUAGACUCUGGAAAAUAAUUAUAAGCAUUAUUGUGUUUAGCAUGCGCUCCUGUGCAAAAGAGCUAGCGUUACGGCUGAUGAACUCAUUAAGAAAAGCAUCGAUCAGUGUUGAUAUUGUGGAGUUAUUUCAAACGAAACAUUUAUUACUUUCCUUCAGGUUCUGGGGUCAUAAAUAAGCUGAACAAAUCUUUUAUAUAAUCAACUGCACGUAGUGAAGAUUUUAACUCGGGACAAAUAUGAUCAAUAGAAGUUUCCACAGUGAAAUUUAGCCCGGAGGAGGCGGCACAAGAUUUGACAGAGCUGCCUCACACUUCUCUGUUCUCUCUCUAUUCUCUUCUUUCGACAAUGAUGGUCAUUUGAAUAUCUUUUAUUUAUUAUCUAGGGCAGCAGGGCUCCAUCUAAUUGAUAUCCUGCAAGUUGAUAUUAUGAUGACGAUACAUUUUCGAUUUAAUGUGCAGCCCUACUUAGAUCCAAAGUGACUGACAGCUAAAGUUAUGUAUCAUUUUAUAUGGUAACAUUGUCAAGAAUUCGUCCAAAACAAAUAGCCAUUAUGAUUUGCAAUCUUUAGAAGUCUGAGCUCAUGUUCAGCACAAUUGUUCAAUUUCAAAAUUUUCCCUUCAAAGAAUUGUAUAAUAACGAGGAGUCAUUAGUGGGUGAAGGUUAUCGAGGUGGAAGACCACACAUCAUCUUUAACAUGAUCCAAACACCCCUUGAUCAGAAAUGUUCUGCUGACUGAUCUGAUGCUACAGAUGGUGUUUGGGACAACAGCUGCAGUUCAGGUGUUCUUUUACUAUUAAGUUUAUAAUGUUAUUUGUGUUCCAAUUCACCAUUUAGUCACAAUGAUUGGAUCAGUGGAAACUCUUGGCCUAAUUGAUAAAUGAAGCAUAAAAAACUUUCUUUAACCUGUAAUGUGUUUAAGACACAGAGAAAAAAGUCUGUAAUCUUUCAGCUUUGAAUAUUGAAGUUGUCUUUUUUUCUGUAAAUCGUUUCCGCGCUCCCUAUGAGAUAUAUUCAACUAAAUCAUUCUAAAAUAUCUUAACCUGUAUACUUCAUAAUGACUUCACAAGCACAUACCUCAAGCAUUGAUGGCUUUGUGUUUCAGUUGUUUGAGCAGUCCCUUAAUAAACUGUGAUCUGAAAAUUCUGUUCAAUCAAAAUAAAAAAGCAGCUUUCCAUUGGUUGCGUAACGGAGUCCAAUUUGACAAAGUUGAAGUGGAUAAAGUUAAGUGGCAACACUGUAUCCUUAUUUGUUUGUAGUAUAUGGCAAUACUGUGCAAAUAAAAACUCCAAAGUAUCUGCAGACUGACAGCUGAUCUAGCUGUUAUCCAAUUGUGCUUUGUCUUCACAAAGUGACAAGUCUUCAGAUGACUGUUCAGAGUAAAAACCGCUGAUAUGUCUUAAUACAUGUUUCAUCAAUUCCUCUCUUCUCACAUCUUUACUUGCAUCCAGGAGCCGAGCGAAGGAAACAAGGAGAUUUUUUGGGCAAAUGAGAAGCAGCAAUUCUCUGUGCUCACUGGAGAGGAGAUGAAUAUGAUUUCAGCAAGUUUUCUUCAGGAGAACAGCAAAAGUGUUGGCCAUGUAUUCCUACAUUGGAGAGGUUAAUGAUUAACUGGUAAAGGAUAAUGGAAUAAUUCUACUGUUUCAUAGAAAAUCAGCAUUUUCUUAUUCGAGUUUUUUAUCCCUUCAUAAAUAAGGUGUGGUUUAUAAUACAAUUCUUGCCUUUAUAAUACUUUCAACUUUUCAAGGUUUUGACCACUGUAUUUCUAAAUUAUGUCACUUUGCUCAUCACUACUUAUUCAGAUGAUUCCAUUUUUGAUGCAAUGAAAAUCCAGAAUGGAUAAAAGUCAUCUGUCAUAUCAACAAA